AUGAAAGUUCGUAGGAAAUUUGGUGGUGGUUGCGGCGGCGACGUCGUUGUUACGUGGCGGACGUUUUUCUGGUUCGUCGUUCUCUUCGUCUUCUCCUUCGUUCUCUUCUCUACCAUGUUCGUCUUCAAAGGGAAGUUUCGUCCGGUGGUGCGUUCGACUAUAAGCUUCUCAACGGCAAGGGCGGUUCUCGGCGAGUCUGUAACUCCGUCUCCGGUGGUUUCGAUUCGUGAAGCGGUGAAAUUACCUGAGCAGACACUUGUUUUCCUAAAACACCCUCGGUCUCUUCGUCUAUUUACCAAAGACGAUCUACUCUGCGUUUUCUCCGGCGACAAGAAGCUACGGAAAGAGCAUCCGACGGCUGUGGACAUCGAUAAACACGGAGGUCAGAUCGUACGGUGUCCUGAGACUCCACGUGGCUACACUAUAUCGCUUGCUGUGUCGAGAUGGACGACGGAUGAUCAUCUUCCGUCUGGGCCCACUCAUCGGUGGGAUUGGCUGGUUUACGAUGCAGUGAUCGACUACGAUAACUCCACGGUGGUUUUCGUCAAGGGAUUAAAUCUACGGCCAGGGAGAGUUGCUGACGUGUCGAGAUAUGAGUGCGUGUACGGCUGGGAUUUCGCGAAACGCAAUCGGUUAAUAAGAUCAAACGUCAUUUCCGCGGCGCAGGAGAUCGUACGGUGUAGAACACCUUUAGCUGUGUUAGAUGGCCCAAAAUUAGCUCAUGGGCCUGUUAAAGUUUCUGUUAGAAUCAAAGGAGGAACCGGUAUGCUUCCAUCGAUUGCUCAACCGGGUCGGAUCAUUAACCCGCCGCUUCGAAAGAAACCGUUCGAGAUGUGCGUUUGCACCAUGACGCGAAACGCAGCCACGGUUUUGAGAGAAUGGGUGAUUUACCACGCCGGAAUCGGAGUUCAACGGUGGUUCAUCUACGACAACAACAGCGACGACGAUAUAAUCGCCGAAAUCAAAGAUCUCGAAAAUCGCGGUUAUAACAUUUCAAGACAUUUUUGGCCGUGGAUCAAAACACAAGAAGCCGGAUUCUCCAAUUGCGCGAUUCGCGCUCGUAGCGACUGCGAUUGGAUCGCUUUUAUCGACGUCGACGAGUUCUUCUACAUCCCUUCCGGUCAAACCCUAACAAAUAUCAUCAGAAAUUACACAACCUCCGAACAGAUCGGCGAAAUUCGAACGCCGUGCCACAGUUUCGGACCAUCGGGAUUGAGAAGUCGGCCUAAAGAUGGAGUAACGGCGGGAUACACUUGCCGUGUGGUUUUACCGGAGAGACACAAAAGCAUUCUCCGACCAGAAUCGAUGAACGAAACGCUAAUCAACGUGGUGCACCAUUUUCAUCUCAGAAAUGGAUUCACGUUUGCUGACGUGGACAAAGAUGUGAUGGUGAUUAACCAUUAUAAAUAUCAGGUUUGGGAGGUUUUCAAGGAGAAGUUUUAUAGGAGAGUCGCGACUUACGUGGCGGAUUGGCAAAACGAGGAGAAUGUCGGGUCGAGAGAUCGAGCACCCGGUUUAGGAACCCGACCCGUUGAACCACCCGAUUGGGCUGAGAGGUUCUGCGAAGUGAAGGACACGGGGCUUAGAGAUCGUGUGUUGGAAAAAUUCAAAGACAGUAAAACGAAGCGUUUAGUUUGGGAAAAAGAGGAAGACGAAGUUAGAGUUAUAAUGGGCUUAAUGGACCAUAGUAGGAUAGCUCGAAAGAUUAAAUAA